AUGUUUAAAAAAUUUAUAAAGAGAUCUGCAGUUAUAGGAUUUGGAGGGUUAGUAACAUAUAAAUUCAUCAUUGAUGAAUAAUCAAAAAGGGAUGCUUAAGGUAUCUUUAAUGGUUUCUUUAACUCUUUCAGAGCUGCUUACAUAGUUGGUUCAAGCAUAUAUGCUUACCAGACAGGAUUCGGAGAUUUAGUUUAUAAUACAGAUGAGUACAUAGCCAGAAGAGAAGAAAUUCACACAUAAGUGGCAAAGAAAAUUUUAGAACUGAGUUUAGUUAAUAGAGGUAUUUAUCUUAAAGCUGGCUAAUAUCUUGGAAAUCUUGAAAGAAUAAUGCCAAAAGAAUAUACAGAUGUGUUAAAAGUGCUUUAAGAUAGUGGACCAAGUUUACCAUUUGAAGAAAUAAAAGUAGUAUUAGAAAAAGAUAUUGGAAAAAUAGAAGAUGUAUUUAGUGAAUUUGAUAAAGAAGCUAUAGCAGCAGCUUCUCUAGCUUAAGUGCAUAGGGCAAAGUUGAAAAAAAAUGGAUAGGAAGUCGCUGUUAAAAUACAGUUUCCUUUUUUACGUACUUAAACUCACUAUGAUUUAACUGUUAUUAGCUAAAUUGUGAAAUUAUGUGAUUGGUUUUUGCAAAAAUCACCAGACUUUAAAAACAUAAAAAUGCAUGACUAGUUUUCUAAUUUCUAAAAAGUGCUUUUAGAAGAGCUUAACUUUUACAAUGAAAGAAGUAAUGCUGAUUUGACAAGAGAGCAAUUUAAAAACUACGAUUAGUUAUAUAUUCCUUAAUAUUUCCAUGAUAAUAUGUCAUAGAGAGUUUUGACUAUGGAAUUUGUUAGAGGUGUUAAGAUUAAUGAUAAAAAAGGGAUAGAAAAUAUGAACCUUAAACCAUUAGAAUGUGCAAAUAUUUUGAUUGAUGUUAUGGGAAGAAUGCUUUUUAAAACAGCUCAUGUGCAUGCAGAUCCUCACCCAGGAAAUAUUUUUGUAAGAUAACAUCCAAAUGAUCCUAAAAAACCUUAAAUAGUUUUAAUUGAUCAUGGAUUUUAUGUUGAUGUACCACCUUAAAUAUAAAAAGACUUUUGUGAGUUGUGGUAUUCUUUAGUAACAUUCAAUUAUACUAGAAUGAAAAAAAUAGCUGAGUCUUUAGGAAUAGGAUAACACUAUAGAUAUUUACCAGUGAUUUUCCUGUUUAGAACUAUGGAAAGUAAGACAAAAUUAGGUAGUGGAAUGGGAAAGGAAGAUAGAAAGAUUCUCUACCAGCAAAACUUGAUAAGCUUUGAAAAAAUUAGCUUACUUGUUCAAGAUCUUCCUCCUGAAAUGAUUUUUAUGAUCAGAGCUAAUAACAUUAUAGCUAUCCACAAUGCUACUUUAGGUGGAACUACUAGAGAUAGAGCAGUAAAGUUUACAAAUUUUGUAGUUUAAGUGUUGAAUCCUUCUUUUAUUGGGUACUACUCUAGACUUGCUUGGGUUUACUUCAAAUUGAUGAUGUUUGAGAAAUUCCAUUCAAUAUUCAAAAUAAUUUUUAAAUCAUACUCAAGAGAAGUUUGA